CGAUCAGCGGCAAUGUGAUUCUACGCAUUUCUUUUGCAUACGUAACUAGAGUUUUGUUAAAGAGCCAGCGGAUCUAUAUAGCACAAUUUGAUUCAUUCCGGGGCAUUGACAUACAUGUUAAAUCAUUACUAUGUAUGUAAAUAAAUACAGUGACCGAAACAUAUUCCUUAAUUAAAUGUUAAUUAAGAUUGUUUUUUAACAUUCUGACGAAUACAUAAUUAUUCUUGAAGAAUGAACGAAGACGAAACAAAUAAAAAUACUUCUAUGCAAAAGGUUCUAUUACCUGGUCAUGAUCCAGGAUGGAAUGAUCCACCAAAAUGGGCAUUUUCUGGUGGACAAAGUUCUGCCAUUACACCAACUAAACGAGUAUUGAAUAAGAGGGUGGCGUUUCCUUUAUCGUCCACCCAAUCUUCAAACAAAGAGUCUUCAUCAUCAAAUCCAUCAAUGACCAUGCCACCAUCACUGCAGUCUUCCAUUACUUUGACAACAGCUUCACAUCCUCCACUGAUACCUCCUUCCAAUGUAGACGCAGUGGUUAAAACAAAUGAAGUAGAAAUUAACAAGGAACAAGCACUUACCGAUGUCUUAGCAAAUUUUGAGACUGUGAUCGAUGAGCAUAUAGAUAAAAGCAAAGCGGAUGAGGUGAAAAAAAGAUUAGAUAUACUAAAGGCUGCAUGGCUAGAGAACAAAUUAAAUAAUGUAAUAUAUAAAAACAUUUUGGAUUUAUCUAAAGCUUUAAAAGAUGGAAAUGUUGAAGAAGCAGAUCAAAUACAUCUUACAAUGAUGAUGCAGCAUGCCAGUCUAUGCAGUCCUUGGAUACCUGGCAUUAGGCAUAUUAUUUUAGAAUUAAAGACCAAACAACAAGAUCCUAAUGUAGUGCAAUCUUAG